UACGUGUCUCGCGGGGUAUUGAAAACGCACCUGGCACUAAACUGGGGCACAUUCUAUUUUCGGAAAUUGCCCGAAGGAUUUGUGAUGAAUUUUUAAAUGUAAAUGUCAAGAGCGUAAUUCAAUUUGCUGCUUGUCCUCAAUUUACUGCUUGCGCUCACAA